UGUUUUUGGGUCCGGCGCUGCUGGAGCUUGAGCGGGCAGCUGAGGUGAAGAGUGAGCGGCGGCCGCGGCCAUGGGGGUGCCCAAAUUCUACCGGUGGAUCUCGGAGCGGUAUCCCUGCCUCAGCCAGGUGGUGAAGGAGCAUCAGAUUCCAGAAUUUGACAACUUGUACCUGGACAUGAAUGGUAUAAUUCAUCAGUGUUCACACCCUAAUGAUGAUGAUGUCCACUUCAGAAUCUCUGAAGACAAGAUCUUUGCUGAUAUAUUUCACUACCUGGAAGUAUUAUUUCGUAUAAUUAAGCCAAGAAAGGUUUUCUUCAUGGCUGUUGAUGGAGUGGCUCCACGAGCAAAAAUGAACCAGCAACGUGGUAGACGUUUUAGGUCAGCAAAGGAGGCAGAAGACAAAAUUAAAAAGGCAUUGGAAAAAGGAGAAGUUCUUCCCACAGAAGCCAGAUUUGAUUCUAAUUGUAUUACACCAGGAACCGAGUUCAUGGCUAAAUUGCACGAACAUCUGAAGUAUUUUGUAAAUAUGAAGAUUUCUACAGACAAAUCUUGGCAGGGAGUAACUGUCUACUUAUCAGGACAUGAGACUCCAGGAGAAGGGGAACAUAAAAUUAUGGAAUUUAUUAGGUCGGAAAAAACAAAACCUGACCAUGAUCCAAAUGCAAGGCACUGUCUGUAUGGUUUAGAUGCUGACUUGAUUAUGCUUGGACUAACAAGCCAUGAGCCGAAUUUCUCCCUUUUAAGAGAGGAGGUCAGAUUUGGUGGCAAAAAGUCACAAAGAGCAUGUGCUCCUGAAGAAACCACUUUUCAUCUUUUGCACUUGUCAUUAAUGAGAGAAUAUAUUGACUAUGAAUUUUCACCGGUUAAAGACAAGCUCUCAUUUAAAUAUGAAGUUGAAAGCAUAAUAGAUGAUUGGAUCUUAAUGGGCUUUCUUGUUGGAAAUGAUUUUAUUCCUCAUCUACCUCAUUUGCAUAUUAACCAUGAUGCACUGCCAUUACUUUAUAGAACAUACAUGGUUAUAUUGCCUGAACUUGGAGGUUACAUUAAUGAAAAUGGGCACCUCAACUUACCACGCUUUGAGAAAUAUCUAACAAAAUUGUCCGACUAUGAUCGUGAACAUUUUAGUGAAAUCUUUGUAGAUCUCAAGUGGUUUGAAAGCAAAGUAGGCAAUAAAUAUCUGAAUGAGGCAGCUGGCAUUGCAGCUGAAGAAUCAAAAAAGCAAAAGAAACGCAAGGCUCAGGAAAAUGCCAUGUUCUUGGCUGCUUUAGAGAAAACUGACAAUGGGGUUGUAGAAGCUUCUAAAACUGUAUUAGAAGAUGAGCCAGAAGAUGAUGAUUUGUUUGAGACAGAAUUUAGGCAAUACAAAAGAACAUACUAUAUGACGAAGAUGGGUGUAGAAGUAGUUUCAGAUGAUUUUCUGGCUGAUCAGGCAAAAUGUUAUGUCCAGGCAAUACAGUGGAUAUUACACUACUACUACCAUGGGGUUCAGUCAUGGAGCUGGUACUAUCCAUACCAUUAUGCACCUUACCUGUCAGAUAUCCGCAAUAUUAGUAACCUGAAGGUUCACUUUAAUUUAGGAAAACCAUUCAUGCCAUUUGAACAGCUUCUUGCAGUACUUCCAGCAGCUAGUAAAGAUCUGCUACCUAAAUGCUAUCAGCAUUUGAUGACCAGUGAAGAGUCUCCCAUUAUUGAAUAUUAUCCAACAGAAUUUAAAACUGAUCUAAAUGGAAAGCAACAAGAAUGGGAAGCUGUAGUGUUAAUCCCAUUUAUUAAUGAGAAACAAUUGUUAGAAGCAAUGGAACCUUGCAGCGUGUCACUGAGAGAAGAAGAAAGGCAAAGAAAUAGGCACAGUGAGUGCCUGAUGUACUUGUAUGACAAAGAUACAGAGUUCCAGUAUUUAUCACCAUGGCCAGAGAAGUUCCCUUCCAUAGAAAGGUGCCAUGCAAGGCAUAAAGCUGUGUCUUUGGAUGCCUGGCAUGUAGAUAUAUCACAUAAUAAAAUAACUAAAUUGGAUUUAGAGAAGCUGUAUUUCUGUGGCUUUCCUACUUUGAAGCACAUUAAGCAUAAGUUCUGUCUUAAAAAAAGUGGGGUACAAGUGUUUCAACAGAGCAGUCAUGGAGAAAAUAUGUUAUUAGAAAUAACAGUUGAUGAAGAGUCAAAGGAACUGAGUGUAGAAAAUGUUGCCAGUCUGAUUCUAGGGAAAUCAGUCUUUGUUAAUUGGCCACACCUGGAGGAAGCCAGAACUGUUGCUGUAUCAGAUGGUGAAACAAAGUUUCAUUUGGAGGAACCUCCUGGAACACAGAAACUUUAUGUGGAAACUGCUGUACCACCAACUAAAGUAUCGUAUGUGGGAGAUAAAGAGCGGAAUAUAUGGAUAAAAGAAAUCCAGGGGAUCUCGGAACACUUCCAGAGGAGAAAAGGUGUGAUUAUAAAUGAGACCUCUAUAAUUGUAUAUGCUCAGUUACUGACUGGGAAUAGGUACCAGUUGAAUCAAAGUGGCAAAGUAAGUUUGGAGAAACAGUGGUCCAAGCAAGUUCUACCUUUUGCGUACCAAACAAUUGUUAAGGAUUUAAAAACUUUCAAUUCUCGUUUCUCUAAAAUCAAAACUUUGGAUGACCUGUUUCCUCUUAGCUGUACAGUCUUCAUGCUGGGAACACCUUACUAUGGAUGCACAGGAGAAGUGCAAGAUUCAUGUGAUGUGAUCUCAGAAGGUAGAAUUCGCGUUGUUUUCAGUAUUCCAUGUGAACCACAGCUGGAUGCCUUAAUACAGAAUCAGCAUAAAUAUUCUGUGAAGUACAAUCCUGGAUACAUUUUGGCUUCUCGUCUUGGAGUGAGUGGUUAUCUUGUGUCUAGGUUUACAGGAAGCAUUUUUAUUGGACGAGGAUCCAGGAAAAACCCACAUGGAGACCAUAAAGCAAAUGUGGGAUUGAACCUAAAAUUCAAUAAAAAGAAUGAAGAAGUCCCUGGGUAUACUAAGAAAUUUGGAAAUGAGUGGAUGUAUUCUUCUGCAGUAGAACAACUCCUUGCUGAAUAUUUAGAAAGGGUCCCAGAACUUUUUACCUAUAUAGCAAAAAACAGUCAAGAAGAUAUAUUCUAUGAAGAUGACAUUUGGCCUGGAGAAGAAGAGAAUGGUGCUGAGAAAGUUCAAGAAAUCGUUGCGUGGCUCAAGGCUCAUCCUGUCAGUACUCUUUCUCGUUCUUCUUGUGAUUUACAAAUUCUGGAUGCUGCUAUUGUUGAGAAGAUUGAAGAAGAAAUAGAAAAGUGCAAGCAAAGAAAAAGUAAUAAGAAAGUACGUGUGACUGUGAAACCCCACUUGUUAUACAGACCUUUAGAACAGCAGCAUGGAACCAUACCCGACCGCGAAGCAGAAUAUCGACUGUUUGACCGUGUUGUGAAUGUGAGAGAGAGCUUUUCAGUUCCAGUUGGUCUUCGUGGUACUGUAAUUGGAAUUAAAGGAGCUAGUAGAGAAUCUGAUGUGCUGUAUGAAGUACUAUUUGAUGAAGAGUUUCAUGGAGGCUUAACAAUAAGGUGCUCACCUGCCAGAGGGUACCGCAUGCCAACCAGUGCCUUAAUUAAUAUUUCUCAUGGCCAUCGGUCUGAAACAGGAAACCAGAAGCUUACAGCCAUAGUCAAACCCCAGCCAGCUGUGAGUCCCUACAGCUCAUAUUCAUCUGAAUCAUUUUCUGUAUCUUCACAAAAAGCACAUCUAGGAGGCCUCAACCAUUCCCCUCGUUCCCUCUUUGUUCCAACUCGACAGCUGAGUGGACGACAGCAGAACAGUCUCAAGUCUGAAAAUGAGAAGCCCAGUUCUCUCCAGAAAGGAGCAUUAGAUGGCAAUCAAAAAUAUAAAGCUCACAGUAAACAAGAUGAUGAAUUUUGCAGCAUUUGGCAAUCACUACAAAGCUCUGGAAAGUCUCCGCCUGCCCAACAAAAUAGACAUGAGAAGGGUGGAAUUGUACCUCAGUAUAUAAAACUAAAUACAGGUGGCCAGUUCUGUAAACCAGGCUUCAAUGAUAGUAGCUUCAAAGGGCAGCAAAGAAAACAAGAGUCAUUUAAAAAAUCCAAAGAAGAUCCUAAAGGACCAAGAAAUGAAGGUCAAUCACAUAAAAUAACAAAUAAAUCGAAUUUUCCAGGUGCUAAUAAAUACAAUGUGAAGCUUUUAAAGAGAAAUGAAGGUCCAACUAUACCAGUAGAGCAAAAGCCUGCAGUUGAUAGUGCCAGUAUAACUGAGAAGGUACAAAAUGGGUCUGAACUUGAAAGCCUUUUGGCAUCUUUGAAAAUUUCCAAAGAAAAGGAAGUGCAAUCUUCUUAUUCCAAGGAGCCAACGAAUGAAGAACAUCUGUCUCCUCAGUCUUUUGCUAUGAAAGGGACACAGAUGCUCAAAGAAAUUUUGAAGAUAGAUGGUUCAGACACAGCAGAAACAAAGCCAGUGUUUAAUGAAGUUUCUACUUCCACUUGUAAGCAGGACUCAUAUGGACCUGCCUCACAGCAGAGACAUACAAAAAAGAUGGCUGCUUUCAUGAACAAAUCCCCAGCCACAGGAGGGCCUCAGAACACACAAGCCAUGGAAGCUGGAGGCUACCCUCCUUAUGGCCCACCCAACUCAUUGUCCACACCAGUGUCUGAGCUUUCUCGUAUCUGUUCUCUUGUUGGAAUGCUGCAACCAGAUUUCUCAUUCCUCAGAACUCCACAGACAAUGACAGUUUGUCAGGUAAAGCUAUCAAAUGGCUUAUUGAUACACGGACCUCAGUGUCAUUCUGAAAAUGAAGCCAAAGAGAAAGCUGCACUUUUUGCUUUACAACAGUUGAGCUCCGUUGGGAUGAACCUUACUUUACCACCACCUCCAGUAUUUCCAAAUUAUCAACAAAUGGGAGCCCUUGUGCCAGCUGGAUCCAUUCCUCCAGUCUUCACUCAGCAUGCUGCUAAUAUAUUUCCUUCACCAUCUCAUCAUGCAUUUGGCCCAGUGCCAUGGGGAGCACCAGUGCCAGUUCAUGGCAAACCUUAUUAUCCUGGUUCAUAUCCUGGCAAUAUGCCACUUGCAGGCACCGUUCCAGUUGGCACACACAAUCAGUUUAUACCUUUGCAGGUGACUAAAAAAAGGGCUGCUAGCAAGAUGAAUUUUGAUUCUAAGGACUUCUCAGGUACACUUCAAGAUGUGCAAUUAAAGAAUGAACAGUCAGUAUCUUCUGACACCAGAAAACUGAAUCCGCAGGAUGCUGCUUCAGAUUCUUUAAGAUGUCCUCAAGCUGCUCAACCCAUAGUUUCUUUUCAAGAGAAAAUGGCUUCUUCAAGUUCCAGUUCAUCUCAUAAAAAAUCAACGCCAAACGUUUCCAUCAAACGAAAGCCAAGAAAAUUGGCUGUCAAUUUUGGUGCAUCCAAAUCUUCAGAAUAAGUAUGGUAGUUAAAGGCUUUUAUUCUUCUUAGUGUUAAAAAACCAGUAAAUGCUACUUUGAAUUUUAAGCAUAAUCAUUUGAAGGAUGUUUGAAUAGUUAAUCUCUACUCAAUUAUAGCUUUUUUUUUUAAAGUAUGUUUGCUACAGAGCUUGGUUUGACCUGAUAAAAGUCAAGAAACUCUGAAUUAAGGUCACUCUUCUAUCCGUCGUGCCUAGGUUUCUAAAACAGUGGCUUUUAUGAACUGUCCCAGCAGAGGAGCAAUAACAUGGACAUGGGAGUCCUAAUUCAGAAUUGCCUCUUUUUAACCAAGAGAUGAGAGGCUUCAAUGAAUCUUUAGCAUGAUUGUUUAUAUUUUGUCUCCUUUUUAAAUGAUGAUGCCAUAACUUCUAAAAAGUGAUUUAUUUAUAUGUGACCUGCAUAUUUUGUUUCUUUAUUUUGGGGUCUCUUUUGAUCUGAUACAAUGAUAAUAGAAUGUAACUAUUGUGGCACUGCCAGGUUUGCUUUACAUUGAUUCAUUUCUAGGAGUUAUGCCAAAGCAGCAUAAGAGCUCAGACACUGUACAGAAUGAUUGUAAUAGCCAGUCUUAACUAAAAUGGCACCAUUACUUAAUCAUUGACAGAGAAAAGCAGAGUAAAUGCUUCGGGGUUUGAUUUAUAUAAUAGUCUAAAUCUGAAUAUGUUAAGAGGUACCCACACCAUUUUACAAGUUGUAGUUUGGCAAACCUGUUAGUUAACUAUUGCAUGGUUUCCACUGCAGAUGGAGAAUGGUCCCUUAAAUUAAAAUUAUUUCAAAGGCUGUAGUACUUUGUUCUGUAAUAGUCCAUAUACAUUGAAUCUGAUACGUAUAACCAUUGGUUCUAAAAUCGAGUAGUUUCAUAAAUAUGAGAAAUCUCUAUUCAAAAUUAGUGUGUGUUUGUAGGCUGGUAGAUUUAAAUUUAACAUUUUUUUUAGGAAGAUAGUGGACUGCCCACUUUUACCCAGCCUCAAUUCUUAUCUUGGUUCUUCUGUGCUAUCUUCCUGUCAUCAAAUGUUUUACAACCCCAUCCCUAUAUUCUGGAGAGGUAAAAUAUAAAUGUGAGGGAUACCAUUUUACCAGCAAGUUUCAAUGUUUACAGAAUCACAAAUUUAUUUUUUAGCCUGAACAAUCUUAAGGCUUCUCCUUCGUUAAUGGGUUAGAUCUCUUCAUUCCAAAAGUCACAUCUUACUUUUUUCAGAGCAGAGAUCAAUCUGUAUGUGGAGAAAAUGCCUGUUAGUGUGUCCUCAUCCUUGGGUACAUUUAUCUAGCACUUCAGCAUCCCGCUAUGUGAAUAGAAAGCGAAAAACCCCACCUCUAUCAGGAUAAUGGGGAGUUUCUUUUUCUGAGAUGCAUAUUUUUUUAUAUCACAAGUAUUUCCAUCAUUCUUAAUUUAAAAGUAAUGUGCAUUGCAAUAAGGGAGUUGACUGUUCACCAUGUAACUGUGUGCGCUCCUGCCAAAGUGAAAAAUCCCUGAGUACCGUUUAUUUCAAUUAGAGAAGAAAAGUAAAUGCUUAAUGCUGCCACAAAUAGUAAUCAGAUGUAAAGUCAUUUAAGUUGGCUGGAUCACGCUUUAGGGUUGCCAGCCCCCCACCCAGAGGGGUGGACAUCCCCUGUCCAGAGCUCAUCUUUCCUGCCUCCAUUCUGAGCAGCAGUGGGAGAAAAAAAUAGCUGUUGGGCCUAUGGUGUGAUGUCACUUCUAUGUAUUUCCCAGUAGCAACAUCAUACCUCUCUAGGAAUCUCUGGCAAUUUCUAGAGAGGUAUGAUAUCACUUAAGGAUUUUCCUUGGAAGUGACACUAUCACCGAUGGCUCCCCCACCCCCAUGUUCCACCUCAAUCACUUAAGCCGAAUGUUUCCAUUUACCAUCUCUGCAUGACUGGCAGAGUACAUUCAUUGGUGUCAUUUAAAUUCUUUUUCUCAGAAAGCUCUCCAGAUUUUUCCUGAGUCUCAAACAGAGGAUGAAUAUAAUCAUAAAAUCUCGUGGAGGAGGAGUUGUAUUUUAUUUACUUAUAUCAUAGAUAAAUGACUUAAUGUUCUCAUUGGUUGGCAUACCUAGGAACAUUUUUUAUUAAUCCAGGGACAGGAAUCUCUUAGAUACUAAAUAUCCAGAGCUUAUUAUCGUCUCUUCUGUCUGCACACUAGUAAUGGAGUCACCUAAAGGAGAGUUUAUGAAAGGGUUGGUAUCUGAAAACCAGCAAAAUCAUCAUAUUAAUCUGUUGUUUAUCAGCUAUUUUCACAUUGGUGUCUCGUGUUUUCAGAACUCAAAAAAGGUCCAUUAGAUGUUUUUUUGGUUCCCAUUUAUACUCUGCAUUGUGUGUAUUUCACAUAUUCUCUGUUCAUCUGCAGAUUCAGUGUUUUCUUUUUAUAUGGUGCCCAAUUUUUAGAUAUAUAAUCUGUAAUACAUAAAUAAUUGGCUUCUGGCAGUUUAUUCUCAAUUUCAGUUUUUUAAAAUAAAACUAUAUUGCUUAUUUCUCUCAAAAUGUAUUUUGUAAAUGCUGGAAUUUUUCAUUAAGAUCUUGUACAGAGCAGUAUUUUAUUAAAAUCUGAAAGGGAAGACUUUUAUGUGCACAUUUUAUAGUUUCUUUUUUAAAAAGAACUUUACCUGUUAAAUGAAACAUUUUAAAUUGGUAUAUAAUUAAUAUGGGAGUGUAUUUUUGUGUUUAGUGUUGUGCAUUUUCAAAAUUAUAGCAUGUAAUUACGCAAAAUACUGUGCAAAGGUAUUUUAAAAUAUGAAUGUAAAAUAUACACUG